AUGAAUAAAGCGUUAAAGGUGUUAUUGGAUAAUUUUUGUUGGAAUAUUGUAAGCAGAGGCUACAAAACUGAGCGAUUAUCCUCCACACUGUCUGUAACCCUUGGUUAUAGAAGCAAUUUUAGCUUUAACCUUAUCUCUCAGUCAUGUCUAAACGCAAAUUGCAGAAGAAAAAAAGCUAGGAGAGAAAAAUCGUGGAAUAAGGCUGACAUGGAAGAAGCAGUAACGGAAAUAUCAGCAGGAAGCCAAAUACAACCAACUUCCAAAAAAUAUGGACUAUGUAAAGCUACAUCGUAUGACAACUCCCUUCAAAAACGAUCGCCCUGGAAAGAAUUGGCUAAGUCAAUUCAUGAAAAGGAACAAUCUCAGCAAAAAAAAGCCAACAUGAUUUGUGCUGCACGUAAAUCUGUGACCAGCAACCCUUUCAUUAUUUAUGAUUUUUAUGAUACAAUAGAAAAAUUGUUCAAUGAAAAGCAAUACACCCUGGCACAGGUAUGGAAUUGUGAUGAGUGGGGAUUCCUAACAGAUCCAUCAAGAGCGAAGGUCAUUGGACCUAAAGGAAAGGUUGCCAACAAGCUGAUAUGGGGUGAAGGCCAUGAAAACAUAUCAACAUUAGCUGCCUGUAGUGCAGUUAUUACUGAAGUUAAAGUUAUUACUGAAAUGGAGUACCUCGCCAAGUUAAAGAAAAUAGAUGAAGAAGCAAAACAAAAAGAGGAGAAACGUCUCAACAGAAAAAGAACUCAGCCAUCUGUAGCAGGAAAAAGACCUACAAUAAAGAAGAAAAUCAAAUUUGGGAAAGGUAAUGGAAAUGACAGCAGUAUCGAAGAAAGUACAGAUGAAGAAGAAGAAAAAUCGACAGAUUCUGAUGAUGAAAACAGUAGCAAUGAGAGCAACAAUAGUGAUGACAGCAGUGAGGAUGACGAUGAGAGUCAAAAGGAAAUGACAGCGGAAGAAUCUUUGUUGGACUUAUGGAAAAGCUUAAAUCCCCUUGCUGAGGAGAGUGAUGUUAUACAAAAGUGGUAUGGAUGCAUUUAA